UUCAAGGUAAACGUUUCUAGCAAAACAACCGUAUACAUAUAUUUUUUACCCGUUACGAUCACGCACAGCGAUUCAAAUGAGUUAAUAGAUUGUAACAUUCGCCUUGUUUCGACUAACGAUUUUUUACCAGUCCGCGAUAAACACGCGUUUAAGCGUUCACGCGAUGCAUCGGGAAUUGCGAGAAAUCGCGAGCAAACAAUAUUUCCAACUGAUAGUGCCUCCUGAAUCGGCUGACUCAUGAAGCAAUAAACGAUGAUAACGCGACUUGCCCCUUUCUCCAUGUAUGUGCGUAUCUCUUUGUGCCGAUGUUAGCGGUUGUACUCGUCUCUGUUACUUAGUAAUCGUAGCAGUACCACUUGAGAACGUAAGAUUAAUAGUCUAGGAGUUGUCAGUGGAUUGUAAAGAGAAAAAUUAGGAAAUAUGACUCCAAGGAUAGUCGUUGUCGGUUCAUGCAUGAUCGACUUUACUUGUUUCUCUCAUCGCUUGCCUAAGCCUGGUGAAACAAUAAUUGGGACUAGAUUUGAAAAAAAAUACGGUGGCAAAGGUGCCAAUCAGUGUGUAGCUGCUGCCAAACUUGGCGCAUCUACUGUGCUUGUAGCCUCAUUAGGUUAUGACACGUUCGCUCAAGAGUACUUAGAGAUUUUGAAAAAGGAAAAUGUAGACACAUCUCAUGUGAAGAUACAAAAAGAUAAACACAGUGGUAUUGCUCACAUUACUGUUGCCGAGGAUGGCCAGAACAGUAUCGUUAUCGUGUUAGGCGCAAACGAAUCGUUAACGCCGGAAUGCGUGGAUUCUGCCGUUAAUGUGAUAAAAAAUGCCAGCGUUUUGCUGUGUCAAUUUGAGACUCCGCUGGAAACCACGUUGCACGCGCUAAAGUUACACCGCGGUCAUGGACUGUCGAUUGUCAACGGAGCGCCCGCGAUGGAGAGCGUCGAUCCGGAAAUCCUGCAAUUGUGCGAUAUUUUCUGCGUCAACGAGACUGAGGCGGAAGUUAUGACGGGCGUUCGACCCGUUGAUCUGUCAAAUGUGCAGCAAGUUGCGGACAAGUUCCUGGCCGAGGGAUGCAACGCGAUUAUACUGACCCUCGGGUCGCUCGGGGCUGUGUACGCGUCGAAAACGAGCAGGAACGUCGCACGGAUUCCCGCUGUCGCGGUUCAAGCUGUAGAUACUACCGGUGCCGGAGAUGCGUUUCUGGGCGCGCUCGCAUAUUUCAAGGCGUAUCAUCCGCAGCUAUCGAUGGACGAGUGCAUCGGAAGAGCCUGUGCGGUCGCCACGCAAUCCGUCCUUAAGUUCGGCACGCAUGCUAGUUUUCCCACGAGAUACGAUCUCCCGGCGGAUCUAUUCGUGUAGAUAAGACGGGUAAUUACAAAGUUUUAUCCGACGAUAUAUUGUCUUAUCUCCUUGUUGCAUUUGAUGGCCUGUAUGUGUGUGUGUGGGAUUUUCCGGAACGCUUCGAAUAUUUCAUGAAUAAAACGAACCCGGGGUUUCUUCACACGA